GUGGACCAUACACUGUCAAAAAACAUGCCUCCCGGUACAGCAUUUUCCAUCAUGUUUGUCACUAUUGGCUUCUCAUGUUUUGUGUGGCAGACUCUUACUGUUGGAGAAAUGUUGUAUAAAUCAAGGAAGCCUAUUAUUGGUCUUGUGCUUUUUCAAGCAUUUUUAGGAAUCAUUGUCACUGUUGUCACACUGUUGACUUCUCUAAUUGAUAUUGGAUGCAAUUUUCGACUUAUUUUCUCUGUUGUUGGUGUCAAUGUAGGCGAUAUGUCACUACAAUUUGUGCUUCUUUGGAAAGCCUAUUUGGGUAACAAUAGAUCCAAAGUUAUACUGAUUUUAGGAUUGAUUCCUAUCUUCGGCAUUGCUAUCUUUAUCUUGAUCAACAUGACGAUUGGAAAGUCAGAAACGAAUUUAAACUUGGGUGUUUGUGCUACAGACUAUCCUACAUUCAUUGUCAUUAUUAAAGCUAGUAUUGAUUGUACUUCCAAUGCGUUUCUUUCAGCUUGCUUUAUUCUUGUCAUUUAUAGACAUUAUCGAACUCUUGGUAUUCUGCUAACGAAAAACGUCUUGGGUGGCAAUACUCCCAUCAUUUAUACUAUUGAUUGGUAUUUGGCGUCUUUCUUGAUCAUCAAACAAUUAAGACAAAGGCACAACAAAGCACCUAAAGACCAAGACGAC